AUGAAUGGGUACAAUAAUUUAGACCAGCUCACUGAGCAGUUUCAGGCUCUUUGCAACCAAGUCCAUGCUGCAUUUCAGAAUGAUUCACAGGACCAACGUUCUCUGGAGAAGCAUCGCUUGGCGGCCAUCAAAGCUGCUGAAAACACUGUUAAGCUUCUACAGACACACGACGAACUAGCCACACAGCAAACGUGGGUUCCUCUAGAAAUUGUUGGCACAGCAAUUGCCUGUGACCUAGGGCUUUUCGCCAUCUUGUCGGAGUCAAACGGGCCUUUUACUACUGAGAAUGUCGUUAAAAGAGGAGCAAAAGGUGACCCACUUCUCGUUGAGCGAAUCCUCCGCUUCUUGGCUGCCCACGGUUUCGUUGAUCAGCUGGACUCCGGCGCAUACGUCGCCAACGACAAAACCAGGGACUACGCCACAGAGGAACGAGUGGCCAAUGUUUGGACAAUGCUCUUUUGCAUGAGAUCUUACUCAGCCCUGCCGUUCUUCCUCAGAGACAUAGACCUCGGGGACUCGACAGAUCCGGAAAAUUGCUCCUGGCAGUACGGAUGGCACACCAAGGAAACAUUUUGGCAAUGGCUGGAGUCUCACCCAGAAAUGUCGCGCCAUUUCAACGUCUACAUGACGAUGACGGCAGCACGAAGUCGCUUUGAUGACGACAAUUUGUGCGAGCUCUACCCGUUCGAUAAGCUAUUCAAAGGUUCCCUCACUGAAGACAUACUCUUCGUUGACGUCGGUGGGGGCUUCGGACAGCAAUGUAUCAGUCUGCGAAAGUCAUUUCCUAGAAGCACUGGACGGGUCAUCCUACAAGACCGCCCUAGCGUCGUUGCAAACAGGCGAAUUCCUGAUGUUGAGGUCAUGGAAAUUGACAUGUUGAAGGAGCAGCCAGUUAGAGAUGCCAAAGUAUACUACUUCCGUGGAGUGUUGCACGAUCACAGUGACGUCGUUUGUCGCAAGUUUCUUGCCAACAUCAAGAAUGCCAUGGGACCAUGUUCUAGGUUGUUGAUCCAUGAGAAACUGGUUGCUGAUGUGAAUCCAACUACCAUGGCUACAAAGUCUGAUUUGCUGAUGAUGUCUGUCUACGCGGCCAUGGAGCGCUCUGCUGCUCAAAUGAAGCGUCUACUGGAAUCUGUAGGUUUCAAAGUUAUCGGCAAGCACUCUGGGGUCGGUUCGAGUGAGUGGCACAUCAUGGAGGCUGUAUUGAAUUAG